AUGUUCAAAUUAAUCAUUGUAGUGUCAACAAUUGUGGCCUUGGCUUUCGGUGCUCCAGCCAAUCCUGAAGAUCAAGCAGCCGAGACUUUGAAAUAUGUCAACGUUGUCAACACCGAUGGCAGUUACACAUUCGAAUAUGAAUCUUCGAAUGGCAUUAAUUUCGGUGAAAAUGGUGUCGGUGGUGAAAAUGCAGCCGGUAAAUUCUCCUACACAUCACCUGAAGGUGAACCCAUCCAGUUGACCUACACAGCCGAUAAAAAUGGUUACCAACCCCAAGGCGAACAUUUGCCCACCCCACCACCAAUUCCCGAUUACAUUUUGAGAUCAUUGGAAUAUAUCGAAAGUCAUCCCUUCCCCAAGAUUCAAUUGGCAACAAAGUAA